GGGCGGUCUGAACCUGAACGAUCAUGCGCAAUGCGCUGUAUCCACACGUUGGUAUCGAAGUCAAGAGCCAAAUCAAACGAAAAAUGAGCUGAAAUUUUGCCCUAAAACUGUCAAAUUUUGGUAUUAAAAUCGCAAGUGGUAGUUGAAGACUAAUUUAGCUUAUCUGAGGACGUUUAACUCGUAGACAGACGGAGAAUAGUUCUUAAACGACGCCGGAAGAUGGCCUCCAGUGAAUCAUCCCUGCAAGCUUUGGAGGGCUUGAUGAAUGAAUUCUUUUCCCCGGGGGCAACUAACCAACGAAAACGAGAAAUAGAGGAGUUGCUCAACAAUUUCAGUGCACAGAGUGGUUCAUGGAGACACUGCUUUUACUUCUUGGCACAUACUCAGAAUGAGUAUGUCAUGAUGUAUGCGCUCAGUGUCUUUGAGAACUUGAUCAACAGACAAUGGCUUGGAGUUGAAGCCCAGGAUAAAAUGGAAAUCCGAUCAAGCUUAUCCAAGUUCCUAUUGUCUCACCAUAAGCUGGUACCAACGUUCAUCUGCAACAAGCUCAUCAAAGUCAUUGUCUGCAUCGGGAGACUAGACUGGCCACACUUCUACCCAGAUUUCUUUUCAAAUAUUAUCCAGCUUAUCCAUCAACCGCAGAUGGUGACUCUAGGCCUGAGAAUGCUGCAAACUACGUCUGAGGAGCUAGCUUCACCGAGGGAAGACCUAAGCAUGGCCAGGAAGGAGCAGUUACAGAGACUACUCCUAGAUCAGAUCCCCACCAUCCUCAGUAUUGUAACACGUAUUUUAGAGACAAUAUUAGACAAGCAUCGGCAAUUAGUGACGACUGCAACUCCACCACCCUCCCCUACACAUGGAGACUCCAAUGAUAGUAGUCCAAGUCACAUUGCAUAUGGCUCCUCACCUCUCCAAUCAGGGAGCAGUAUCAUUCGCAGCAUGUUCAAAGCCACACCAGUCAGCAAACAGAACGUCCUGCCUCUUCCUCCACUGGACCAUGACAGUGAGCAGGUCAGCCUGCUGUGCCUACACUGCCUGUCUCAUCUCUUCUCCUGGAUCCCUCUAUCAGGAAGCAUCACCCCAAACCUCCUGACUACCAUCUUCCACUUUGCGAACUUUGGUUGUGACAUCCAAUCAGUACAACAGGGUAGUACCUCACCAUCCUCUCAAAAGGACUUGAACAACAGCAGUUUCAGUAGUAGUGGCAGCUCAUCUCUGGGUGUGCUGGCUAUGACCUGCAUCAAUGAGAUCAUGGCCAAGAACUGUGUGCCUACAGACUUUGAAGAAUACCUCUUGAAGAUGUUCCAGCAAGCCUUCCAACUGUUGCAGCGAGUGACUAAGGAUACUACUGAGCAGUCUGUAGGCAAUAAGAUGUCAGAGCUGGAUGAGAGAUACGUGGAGAAGUUCACCGAGUUCCUUCGACUGUUUGUCAGCAUUCAUCUGAGGCGCUUUGAAUCCAAUUCACACUUCCCUGUCCUGGAGUUUCUUACACUACUUUUUAAGUACACAUUCCAGCAGCCCUGUCAUGAAGGUUACUUCAGUUGUCUGGAUAUCUGGACCAUCUUCAUUGACUACCUUCUUGACAAGACCAAUACCUCAAGAUGUCCAAACACCAGUAACCUUGUGGACAGAUACAAAGAUGCAUUGGUGUCACUGAUCACUGAGGUUCUUCACAAGCUGCAAUUCCGCUGCAACCAAUCACAGCUUGAGGAAAUAGAUGAUGAGAUACUCAAUGAUGAUUCGGAGACAGAGUGGCAGAAUUUUCUGCGGCAGUGUCUGGAAGUCAUUGCCAAGGUCGCUGAGCUUCUACCAACGGAAGCAUUUAGAGUAUUGUACCCACCUUUUCAGGAGUAUUUAGACGUCUACAUGGGACUCGCCCAGUUUGUAACGGAAACACAGGAGGGUCGACGAUUGAACAUCACAGCAGAGCAUGAAUGUCGUAGACUACACUGCACACUGCGUGAUCUGUGCUCGCUAUUCCAGUCAUUAGGAAGACUGUCUGAUCACUUCAUUGCUGAGAGGUUGUCGGAGAGAUUUGAUGAUGCCCUGUCAUUGAUUGACAAAUUUUGUCAAGUGACUGUGUAUGGUACUAAGAUGAAGCUGUACAAAGUCAAGACAGCCAUCCCCACAGUACUCAAGUCAGACUUUAUUGAUGUCCAUGCCCAGUCACUAGCAGCCCUGCAGGCAUUCACACACUGGAUAUCACAAUUCUACAGCGAGGCACAGAGGAAUAGCAGACAUCAUGAUAAAUUUGUGCCGCUUGUCACCAGCAUCAUCAAUGCUGUCACACCGCUACUAGCCAAACAGGUUCCAGAGAAGAUUCUUGUCUCAGCUGCCCACCUAUUCCUGUCCAUGGCCACGACUGUCAGACCACCGUUUCUCAUUGAGCUAGCAUCUGUGCAGAUUUUAUUCAAAGAUGUCAGUGGCGGGUCGUUAUCAGGGCUACAGGAUGAGGUCCAGCUUCUAGUCUGCCGAGCGUUGUCCAACAUCCUGAUCCUGCCCUGGCCUAACAUACCAGAGACGGAUCAGCAGUGGGCGCUACGCUCCCAGCACCAUGCAGAGUUCAUCCAGAGACUGACCAAAGAGUUCCGUUCACUCAAGAACAUGUCACAACUUGCCAAGGAUAAGAGCUUGCAAGAAAGAGCCAAGCCAACGAUCAGAAGAACAUUACAGUUACUAUCGGACCAGGUGGAGUCCAUUGCUGGGGAGGUAUCCAAGACCAAGCAAGUCUGUCAUAACUCCCUACAAGACUCGAUUGAUGUCACUCUCUAUCUGUUUCCACUCUACAUUCAGCAAUCAGAUGUCAUCAAUGAUAUGAUGGGUUUCUACCUGGCUACAUUCCAGAGUCUUCGUGUUCAGAUGGGCAUACCAGCCAUCCAACACACUAUCACCAUCUUUCUGGAGUUAUUCACAAGAGAGCGGCUAACAGUAACGAUUCUGGAAGAAGGAAACAAAGGAAGAGGCGUCGUUGAAAAGUUUCUUCAGAUUCUAGAGAUUAUCGUCCAGGAGCCAGGGUCGGCAUUCAAGGCUUUCUUACCCACUAUCAUCAGUAUCUGUAUGGAUCACAUCUACCCAAUCAUUGCACAGAGAGCCUCCCCGGACAUCAAGCCAGCCUUAUACAAGCUGUUGUUUGAGCUGCUACAGAGCAAGUGGCGUUAUUUCUUCUCAACAACUGUGUUGACUAAACUGCAGUCGGGUGCUGAGACAGUGGAGAAUGAGCAGCAGUUUGUGGCAAUCAUGCAGGCAUUUGGUCAGUCAUUUUUGCAGCCAGAUAUUGACGUCUUCAGGCAGAAUCUAGAAUCACUAGAAACUCUCAAUGCUAAAUUCAAGCUGUACCAUAAGAAAAUCUUUCGGGACCUGAUGCUGUACUCUUUCCUGAAUGUUUUCCUGCAAGUCAUGCUGCACAAGUCACAUGACCUGCUACAGGAGGAGAUUGUGGUCACCGUUUACAACAUGGCCGCCGUGGACUUCCACAACUUCUUUGGCACAUUUCUCUUGCAAUUCCUGCAGAGCUUUGACGGGUUGGAUGGGAACCAGAGACAGACACUGGAGUGCAAUUACAAAAAAGAGCAGGAUCUUCCGUCCUUCAUGCAAAAUCUGGCAAGACUGAUCAAUGAUCUGAGGUACUACAGAAUAUGCAACAAUGCGCUACCUGAAGGUUCUGUCAAACUGCUAUGAUGAUUGGACAGCCACGAGUCUUCCCUAAGGUUUGGACCAAUCAAACAACUGCUUACACAUGUAUUAUUUCCAAAGACAAAAACAUUUAAUGCACUUUGUUAUAUCUUAUUAUGUUGCAAUCUGAAAAACCUAUUUGUCGAUAUCAGAGAUAAAAAAAUUAUUUAAUGCCUAUUAUUGUAGAGGUCAGCAUUUUCAUUUUUGUUGCAAGGACGAAUGCCCUGGUUUAUAGACUGGUUAUUUUUUUUUGGCAUCAAAGUUUCCUUUUUGAUUGUAACCAACAAUUUCUGUGAGAAAAUUUCUCAACAACAGAUUAUUUUAUUAAUUUGAAAUGAUGUCUUGUAUUGAACAAAUAGAGGUCUCAAAUCUUUCCAUUGUUAUUUUCAUUUUAAAAUGAUGCUGUAUAUUCUUGCAUUUUGUACAUAAACAACAAGCCAAAUAUGUACACAUUUACAGUUAUAUUUGUACUAAAAGCAGCAAAAUAAUGUCAGAAAUGAUUCUUUGUAUUCUUUAAAUGACCAGGGGAGCAUGUUUGAUAUAUAUUUUUGGUCGAAAAACUGCCGCAAUUGUUCGGGUUUUUUGAGUUCAUAAGCCACAAUACUUUAUAGAUGGCUGUUGUGAAUUCUUUUUGUAUGUACACAUUGCAUGUACAAAUAAUGUAAGUACAUAUUUAUGAAUGGACACUUCUGUACAUAGGAGAUGCAGCUAUUCAUAUGGGUGAAGCAAAGAUUGCUUGGCCCCAAUUAUGUGGAUGACUGACUGCAAAUUAUUAUUGUGCCUUUCAAGUUGAAGUGAAAACUUUACUUGGUACUUGGUUGGUUCUUCUCAUAAGAACUCUGCAGGGGAGUUUUAACAGGAGGCCAGGAACACCGGGGCAAACCCCUUCUCUUAG